AUGUGCCUCCGACUCUACAGACAUUACACGGAAUGUGGCUGUCUCCUAGCAGCCCGAGCCUCCCUCCGCGAAUGUCGCCACGGCCCGACGUCGCCCCUCUGCGGCCCACAGCACACCAUCGGCAUCGUCACCCGCGAGGGCGAGGAGUGUCUAUACCACGCCUGCCUCACCAAGCAGCAGCAAAACGCGCCCGAACAGUCUCGCAAGCCAUGCUUCCGUAGACCCUCUGGUCCGGGUGUUACAGACAAGGAAGUCGCAGAGGCGAAAGUAGAGCACCUACGGAGCCUUGACAUGAGGGAGCGUCUCGACCGCUUUAAGGCCAAAGGCCUCGAGGGGUCGUACCGAGGCGACCGUGAGUUCAGACCGAGAGGCGGCGCUCUGGUCUUCUCGAGGCAGUUCGACGGUACGGAGUAUACGGGCCGUCACCCCUACGAGCACACAGAUUUCGAGGAGGAGGACGUGGCGCAGCAAAAGACGCGGUGCCAUCUCCGCAAUGUGUUCCUCGCCACCGUUCAAAGGGAAGGCCUCUUCGAUCCGAGCGAUCGGUUCCUGAGCUCCGCGUGGGACGAUGAUAGCAAUUCCUCCGCGUGCAGCAGCGAGGUCCACCCCGAUGCCUUGGAUACGACCUCUUACAGCGAGGGCGCGAAGCCGAUGGCGUCUUGGGAGGAAAUGAACGGAGGACGUGACAUCGUGGCUGGAGAAGACAACGCGAUGGACGUGGAUGAGACCGACCUAUGCAAUGUGUAUCGGGAGGAUUCCUACUCGCCUGUCGAGCGGACUUUGAAGCUCAAGGACUUGACUGGCUUGCGUCCCAAUCGGGCGUCGGCCUAA